GCGUUCAGAAGGUUUUUGAACGUCGUUGAGAGCAGCUGCAAAAAUUUUAUAUACGGUUAGCUUGGUUGCAGCACCCAAACACCCAACAACAUGGCGGUCUUUGGCAUGGUCUCAGCUGUCUCCAGCUUCAUUAAGAUUCGCUAUCUACUGGAUAAGGCAGUUAUCGAUAAUAUGGUAUUCCGUUGCCAUUACAGGAUUACAACAGCCAUUUUAUUUACCUGUUGCAUUAUCGUUACAGCAAACAAUCUAAUUGGCGAUCCCAUUAGUUGCAUCAACGAUGGUUCCAUACCCAUGCAUGUGAUCAACACCUUUUGUUGGAUUACAUAUACGUUUACGAUACCCGGACAACAGCAUAGAGAAAUUGGCACGGAUGUGGCUAGUCCGGGUCUGGGCAAUGAAUAUGGCCAAGAGAAGCGUUAUCACAGCUACUAUCAAUGGGUGCCAUUUGUAUUGUUCUUCCAGGGUCUCAUGUUUUAUGUACCACAUUGGAUCUGGAAGAACAUGGAGGAUGGCAAAAUACGAAUGAUAACGGAUGGUUUGCGUGGCAUGGUUACAGUGCCGGAAGAUUAUCGUAAGGAUCGUCAGGAUCGGAUUAUCAAAUACUUUAUGGAUAGCCUCAACUCUCACAAUGGAUACUCCUUUGCUUACUUUUUCUGCGAGUUGCUCAAUUUCGUUAAUGUGAUUGUGAAUAUUUUCAUGGUGGAUAAGUUUUUGGGCGGUGCUUUUAUGUCCUAUGGCACAGAUGUGCUCAAAUUCUCGAAUAUGGAUCAGGAUAAGCGUUACGAUCCAAUGAUUGAAAUAUUUCCAAGGCUGACCAAAUGCACAUUCCGUAAAUUUGGUCCAAGUGGUUCUAUACAAAAGCACGAUACACUUUGUGUCUUGGCCUUGAAUAUACUCAACGAGAAAAUUUACAUUUUCUUAUGGUUCUGGUUUAUUAUUCUUGCCGCUAUUUCUGGUGUGGCUGUGAUAUAUUCUCUGGUAGUGGUAAUGAUGCCCACCACCAGAGAGACCAUCAUCAAGCGCUCUUAUCGUUCUGGUCAACGCAAGGAUAUCGCUGGACUAAUUCGAAGACUGGAGAUUGGAGAUUUUCUGAUUUUGCAUUUCCUUAGCCAGAAUCUAAGCACUCGAUCAUACAGCGAUAUGCUGCAACAGCUUUGCGGUUUACUUGGUGCUUCUCGUACACCCUCAGCUCCUUCGACUCUCGAAAUGAAUCCCAUUAGUCAUCCAUCGAUUUAUCCGCCUGUGGAAAGCUAUGGCGGCAAGGAAACGGAGACAUAAAUACAUAUCAACAUGGAUUAAAAAAGAAACAAAAAACCAACGAAAGCAACAGCAAAAUAACAAUUUCAAUGAUUUCUCAAUAAUAUUUGUAGGCUGACAGAGACAUAGCAUGAGAGAGAAACACAGAGAGAGAGAGAGAAAGAGAGAGAGAGAGAGCAUGAGAGGUUGAGACAAGAAAAAAAUGUAUCAAGAGAAGGUGUUUUGUAGGCUUUUUUCCAUAUGUCUAUUUAAUAUUAAGACUGUUUUUUUUUGACAAAGUACACAAAUUGAAGAAUCUAUAAAUCAUGAUGCUAUGCAAUAAUCCAUUUAGCAAAAUUGUUUUCCCUUGAGUAAUUUAAUAAAAAGUUUUUUGAUAGGACCUAAUAGUCCCUCCGAUCAGGUGCAGAUCGUUGAAGCCAUACACACACACACAGAAGCGAAAAACAAAUAGUACAGAGAGAUAAAAUUCGAUGCGAGAUUGAAAGGAUACUAUUAAAUGACCGUGCAAUUUUUGUAGGUUGGAAAUUGUGAAAGACAUAUUAUCCCACACAGAUAUAUAUAUAUGUAAAAAAGAAAAGACAUAUAUGCUAAUGCUCGUUAACUUUGAUGCGCCAUUUAAAUAUACAUAUAUACAAUUACAAUUUAAGUUUAACAACUAGUUUGAUAAUUUGCUCUUAAAGGCGUGGUUUUAUCAGCUCACGUACGGACACAAGCACGCUCUCGAAACGUUGAUCUAUAUAGUAAUCGAAUAAUACGGAUUCACUUAUAAAUAUAUAACUCUAUAUAUAUACAUAUAUAAAUAAAAUGCUCUCGCUAUUUUUGUCCUAACGUUUAGUCUACAAAUGUAUGUAAUUUUAAGGAAUUUUGUUCAUAACAAAAUUAUUGUGAUUAUUGCUAGAAAAGAACACAUUUUACAUAAAGAAUUAUAAAAAAAAAAUUAUGCAAGUUCAAAGUUGUAAUAAAUACUUCUUCUAUACAUAAA